AUGAAAGCUGUUAAAAUUGAAAUACAAAGUGGUACAACGAAUAUAAGUUUCUACAAAGAUUUGUUGACGAACAAAACAAAAAUGAAGCAUUGUAUUUGUCAUGGAAUGAAGAAAAUUUAUUCUUUUGGUAAAAAUUCAAUAGAAAUCCAAGUUUUGAAAUCUGAAAUGAACAAAUACGCUUUAUCAGCGAAAAACAUCAAGUAUAUAGAUGAUACUGAAGAUAUCUAUGUUGCUCUUGAUGUUAACAAUGAUUGGAACUUGAAUUCAAAGCAAAUUGAUCUUUGUUUGAUGACGAAAAAGAAUUAUCCUCAAAUUGGUAAAAAGAAUGAAAAUAGAUUACCUGUUUAUUCCAUGGAUAUAACAGCUGGUCGUAAUAUGAAUGGUCCUUCAUAUAAUCCAAACUCCUUUGGUUCUAACAUUAGAGGAAUGAAUGAAGAAUACAUGUUCAUGAUUUCGGAUUUGCCAAUUCAAGUUCAGGAACAUUUUAAAAAUGAAAUUGCUGAUGAAAUCAAAAAGUCACUUAAAAUUGAUCAAAUUUCUUAUCAAAAUGGAAAUUGGAUUGUUGAUAAAAGCUUGGAAACAACGAUUAAAGAUGCAUUCAGGAUUAAUAGACUCAGAAUCCCUGAUUUAAGUCGUUUGUACAUGAGUUUGGAUCAAUUCAAUAUUUCUCAUCACGACAUAAAAAUGAAGUUGUUUGAUCAUGUAAAAAUUGAAGGAAAUUUUGUGUUCAUUGACAAUGAAGAUCAAAAAUUCAUGUCCGAUGAAGACAUGAGAGCUUUCUUAGAAGAUGAAAGAUUGGUUAACCAGAAUACUCAGUUCUUCCAAUAUAAACUAAUUGAUUUAAAUGAAAACAUCAUGACAAAGAAAUAUGAUGCUUUCAAGAUGAGAAGGAUUUUGGAAGAAAUGUAUGAUAACAAGAAUAUGAAAGAUUUACCAAAGAAAUUAACAGAAAUGGGAAUUAAUGUGAGCAUUUUGGGGUUCUUUUAUUGGAUGUUCAGCUGCGAUGAAACAAAAUAUGUAGCUGAGAAAAUUCUCAAAGACUUGCCUAAAUAA